AUGAGUAUCAGGAGGUUUUGUUCAAAUCAUGCGAUUUCCAGAAGGGGAAAUGUAUCUGAUGCAAAAUUAGAGGAUUCUAUCGCCAGUGCAAUUCAGCAGACAGGCUCGACAUAUGGUCGAAAGAUGAUGACCGGGUAUUUAUUGGCUGACGGAGUGCUUGCCAGUGAACGGCGGGUAGGAAAGAUUUUAAAAACAAUGAAUCGUCCGUAUAACGAAAUGCGCAGACGUGGCGCCCGUAACCUUAACCCCGUCCCAUACCACGCUGAUUACAUGGGCCACAAAGUCCACAUUGACCAGAAUGAAAAGUUGAUCAUGUUCGGAGUAACACACGUUCUGGCAAUCGAUGGGUAUAGCAGUAAAGUGGUGGCCCACGCGACAAUGCCCAUAAAAAAUACCCUCACGAUAUAUGAAGACGUUUACAGAUCUGCAGUUCUUGAAUAUGGUAUGUGGGACCAGGUGAGAGUGGACCAUGGACGGGAAUUUUACCUGUCUCUCUACAUGCAGGGUUUGCUGUCAAAACACAGACAUAACAUUCAAAGGGAACCAUACCUCCAAACCCCAUCAACAAAGAAUCAUAUGAUCGAGCGAAUGUUGGUUGAAAUAAACAACCGGGUAAAUUUUCCACUGAAGGGGGCCCUGGUGCAGUUGCAGGAUCAGGAAGUAAUCAACUUGGAAGACAACAUAACCAGAUACUGCACAUCCAACCUUACUGGUCAGCUAUGCAAGAUUGGCAUUACUAGAGCUGUAAAUGCUUGGAAUGCACAUAGAAUUCCAGGCAAAGGAACACCAAAUCGUCUGGCUGCAGGAGGAUGUCCCAAAAAAAUAGGACUGGAGUUGUUGCCCCAUGCCUCUCAAGCUGCUGACAUGUACGAGCAGGAUGUUGGCUCCUCCUUGACUCGAGUGUCCUGCUUUGGAGCGGACCCCUUUUCAUCAGAGGAGGAUAAAGAUGCAUUGCUAUGUCUGAUGAACAUUACUCAACAAUGUGCAUGA